AUGACUAAAAUUCCUCCAGUUAAGCAAAAGAAUCUAUAAUCCACCAUAACAAAAAAAAUACAGAAUUUGAAAAUUAUCCUUUUUGACGCCGAAACUAAUCAAUUUAUAUACGGAAAUGUUGAGCUUUUGUCCAACAUUUCAAGCAACAAAUUUAUCACAAAUAUGUAUCUCUCAGAAUUCUGCGACUUUUCAAUGUUCACUUGGACCUGACACAAUUCUUAUGUGCAUAAUUUCCUAUCACCCAUUGAAUGUGCAUCUGUACAUGUUACAAAACCAUAUGUCUAACGAAAAUUGGAAAACGACAUGCAUUGAUAAAUUUGCAUAUUGAAUCAAAUGCCAAUCAAAACAUGGCAUUGGUCCCGUUGGAAAAAUACUUUCGCCAAAAAUUCACUGAUCGCGACCAACAAUAUCGACAAAUCUAGCAUCCUUGCAAAAAAUUUAAGGAGUUUAACUUCAUCUCCAGAAAAAUGAAAAACAUGAUGCCCAUAGAAAACCAAUAAACUCUUUGACUGCACAUGUAUUUACUUCCGGUAAAACAUGCAAAUUAACAACAACGCAACAAGAUUUCCGACAUCGGAAUCACAUCAGUCGGCAACUAUCCGAACACUUCGAUAACCGGAGAAAAAGUCAACAUUCAAGUACCAAACUGAAGAAAUAUUUACAUAAAUAUCCAGUAUUUGACAUUUUGUCCUCAGCAUAAUUCUCUAACCUUGGUCACACACCACCAAAUCAUCCUCAUCGUCAUCAUAAUCGCCACUUAUCUUCUCGUCAACAAACUUAAUUCAUACAUUCACGCAGAGAUAACUACUUUCGCAAAUAUUGGCCAAAUCUGGUGAAUUUUCUCCCACCCAAAGGAAGAGGGAAGUAGUGGUGCUGGUUUGAUUGGCAGUGUUGGUUUAGGAACCCCAUAAUUAUCAUUACGUCCACACCACACCACACAAUUCAUACAUAUGCAGCCCGAGAUAUCAUCAGCGAGACCAAGCAACGCCACACGACCGACGAGAGCAGUAUACACAGUGCAGCUGUGAUAAGUAGACAGGACCAAGUGGGAAUGAGUGUGUACAAGCAAAGUCGGUCGGUGGAACCGUGGCCAUUCGACUCCAUCAAUCCAUUGACUGAACUGGAGCAGUGGGUGAAAGCAGGAAAAACUGAGCCAAACCAAAGCGAGCCGAGCCCAAGUAUUGAUUAGGCUGAACAACAUAAUGCGCUAUCUUUUGUCCCCUAUAAGCCUGCCACUCAACCGCUCCUGCGCCCGACCUCCUUUCACCCAAUCUCCCAGCACUACUGCAACCAAGUCUGCCACAACUACGCUGCUACGCUAUCCAUAUAACCACUACUUCAUCACUUCCCCAUCCAGUCCACCAUGUUGACACGUACGUAAUUUUUUUUUGGAGAAAGUUGAAACCUAUUUUUCAAAGAGUGAAAGUUAUUUCACGGGAGAAAGCAAAAUUUGAGCAGUAACUUCAUCCUUUCGUCGACCACCAUGUAAUUUUUUCCUGGAGAAAGUUGACAACAAUCUUUCUGGAGAACCUUGAUCUCAAAUUUUCAGCGAGUGAAAGUCAUUGCACUGAAGAAACCUAAAUUAAAAUCAGGCCAAGAUGAACACGCCAUUCGAAAAGCGGAUUUGUUACACGAUCUGCAUCUGUCAGAUGACCGCAGUCCUGAGCUGCGUGUCGCUCGUGUAUCUGACCGUGGCCAUCUAUUCGCCAGCCUACCGCACCCUGCACUCUGGCUUUCUCGAGGACGCAGUGAUGUGUACGACUAUAUCGAACAAAUCCAUACCCAAUUGUGAGGUGGAUGGGAAAAGUUCGUGGGGGUCGUGUGGGGAGUGGUGUCUCUCCAAGAGUUCCGGUUCUUGCACGCAAAUCCUCGUCGAUGUGCGGUGGAACGGGACGAACAUCCGGUUGGAGCAGUGUUCCGCAGUGGAUGUGAAGUAUUGCGAUGGAAUCAAUCCGAAAAUGGAGGUCAAAAGCUGCAUUCAAGGCGAGUGCUCCGAGCUGCACGGGAUCUACAACUGUUCGACGGGGGCAUCCUCCGCGACCGGGGACAAGACGGGGGCGCAGUGCCGCAACCUAACGUCCGUUCUGGCCUGCACCCUCACAACGCUCGAUGUGAACAAGACAUGCAACACGAAGACGAGCUGUGCCGACUUGGAGGGGCUGUACGACUGCAAGUACGGCGUGUGUGCCAAGAUCCUGCCUCCAUACAAGUGUGACAAGCGGUGCAUCUCGAUCCGCACGGGGGCCAAGAACAUCCUCGUGCGACAGGGCGACAUCAUAUUCACGAUGGCCUGCGACCGCGCCGUGGUGGCCGAGACGGGACAGGAAGUCUGGCCCCGGGGGAAGGUGGCCCUCUCCAAUUCCGCCCUGCCCCCCAUGCUCGUGCUCUUCUGUACGAAUGUGGCUGAGAUCGAGGGUGGAGGAGUGGCCGCGGGGGGAUUGAAGAGUAUGAGCUUGACGGACUGCUUUAAUGGGACGCUCCUGGAACCAGACCACUUUGGAAACUUUACGAACAUCACGUAUAUUCUAAGCAGUCAUUUAGAAUCGAGCGAAGCGGGGGAUCGGAUGCUGGAUGCGGAAGGGGUUUUCGCCCCGUUGGAAUAUUCUCUCCUUAUCAAGAACAGCACCCCGUUGUAUAUCAACUUUGAGGGCUGCGUCAACACUCUGAUUCUGAACGAAUGUGAAAAAUUCCACGCCGAGUACGGCGGUGAUGGGAGCGAUCUGCGAAGCCAGUCCAGAUUCCAGUGUUUCUACUCUCCCAAUGUCACUCAGAUUCCGCAGGACUUUGUUGUCCUCCGGUUCUCAAGAAUGAGAACGAUUCUCGAGUUGUUCAUAGCAUCCACGGUCCCCGUCACUCUGGCGAUCGUGUCCUGUCUCACGCUCGUCAUUUGCACGAGGAUCAUCCAUGUCGGGGAUGACUCUCACUUUACGUUCCAUUGUUGUGGGGGUGACCCAUCCGGUGGGAUGGAAAAGGAGGAGGGAGAGGCAAUCAUGGCGUUGUAGAUAUAUUUACAAUUCAUACAGAAUUGAGUUUUCU